UUCGCAACCCGUUCGCUACUUCCCUCUUCUUACAUCUACAGUACAAAGUGUAGUAUGAACUCACCGGAUGUGACCUAAAGCUGGGAGCUGUGCCUGCCUGGCUGCUGUCACUUUUCGCUCAGUAUGGGGGACUGGAACACAACAACAACAACAACAACAACAACAACAACAACAACAACAAGCGGGCCCUUGACGCGCAGGAGAAGGGCGACUCUGGCAGCGGCGAGAGGAGUGAGCCUGCAGCCGGUGAACGGGAGCUCGGCGGCGGCCGAGCUGAGAGCCUGCGGCGGCGGCGGCGGCGGCGUGGAGAAGUUCCGCGRUGGUUCCCUGGUGCCGCCAAGUGAGGAGAAGAACCGCAAGAAUGACAUAAGUGACCGAUUGAGGUAUGGUGUUCUUGUGGACCCCGUUCAGGUGGUUUCUCUGUUUCUGCAUGAUCCCUACAGCUGGCCAGCAGCGUGCCUGUUGAUCGGGUUCAUUUAGUGAACUUGUUGGAUUUCUGGUCCAUUGCAUUAACCUGACCGUCAUGCUAACGUUCCCUGCUGCRGUGGUGCUCCUGGUUCCUUCCAUGACUCCAGUUGGUGGUGUGGUCACACUGGGUACUUACACCAUCCUCUUCCUCAAGCUGUACUCCUAUAAGGAUGUGAACCUCUGGUGCAGGGAGCUGAGCUCAGUCAAGGCCAAAAAACUCUCCAGGUCUCUUUCAUGUCCRUCACCGCAGCACUUUAGAGGAGAUGAACACAAGGUGUGUUAUCCUGGCAACCUCACAAUCAGAGACAUGUACUACUUUGUCUUUGCUCCAACGCUGUGCUACGAGCUGAACUUCCCUCGCUCGCCCAAAGUCCGCAAGCGUUUCCUGCUCAGGAGACUGUUUGAGAUGGUGAGGAAAAGUCGGCUUUUAGUUGGUCUCACCCAACAGUGGAUGAUUCCCAUCAUUCAAAGCUCCAUGAAACCACUAGAAGACAUGGAUCUGUCCAGGAUGACAGAGAGACUCUUACGAUUAGCUGUUCCCAACCACCUGCUGUGGCUGAUGUUUUUCUACUCCUUUUUCCACUCGUCCAUGAAUUUCACAGCUGAGCUGCUGCGCUUUGGAGACAGACAGUUUUACAAGGACUGGUGGAAUUCAGAAUCGGUGACGUAUUUCUGGCAGAACUGGAACAUCCCGGUCCACAAGUGGUGUCUACGUCACUUUUACAAGCCGCUGCUGAGGAGAGGAUUCAGUAAAAGAGUCAGCCAAUCAGCUGUUUUCUUCCUGUCKGCUUUCUUCCACGAGUAUUUGGUGAGUGUUCCUCUCAGGAUGUUCAGACUGUGGGCGUUCACUGGCAUGAUGGCUCAGCUGCCGUUAGCCUGGUUUGUUGGCCGCUUUCUGCGGGGAAACUACGGCAACGCUGCGGUGUGGAUGUCCAUCAUCAUUGGUCAGCCUUUCGCCAUCUUGAUGUACGUCCACGACUACUACGUGUUGAACUACAGGCUCGAGACUGAAUAAAGCAGCAUGCAAAUCCA